AUGUUGAAAAGCUGUGGAAACACUUCAAUGGCCAUUCCUAUAGGAAUUUCUCUUCUUUUACUGUUGCUGAUCUGUGGAAUUGGGUGUGUUUGGCACUGGAAACACCGUAACCAAACACAAUUUACCUUACCAAGGUUUUUGCAAAGAAGAAGCAGGAAAAAAGACUAUACUAAAACGCUCAUCUUGGGUCCCCACAUUAGCAGUUCUAAGAAUAAAACCUCGGUUCAAAGCCAAGGCCACAAAUCUGCUAUGGAGGAGACUGACAUAUAUGACCACUAUGAAAAUGUGGAAACGAGGCCUCCCGAAGCUAAAGAAGAAACCAAUAAGGAGCUAUAUGAGAACACUCGGCAGACCAACAUUGAGGAGCAUAUCUAUGGAAAUGAGACGACGUCUGAAUAUUAUAAUUUUCAGAAGCCUAGUACUUCUGAAGUCUCUCAAGAUGAAGAUAUAUAUAUUCUUCCGGAUUCAUAG